AUGAGCGGCUCCUUCGAGAAGAAGAUCAGCAGCAUCCUGACGGACAUCUCCACCUCGCUGAGCUGCCAUGCGGCCACCAAGGACUCCCCCACGCUCCCGGAGUCGUCCAUCACGGACCUGGGCUACUACAGCGCCCCGCAGAACCAGCACGAGUAUUACGCCAGCCAGCCCUACAGCCAGCCCAUGAACCACUACGCCUACCACCCCCAGUUCAACCUCAACGGGAUCGGGGGCACGGGGACCUUCUCCCCCAAAUCCGACUACCCCUACAGCACCUCCUACAGGCAGUACGGGCCUUUCCGGGAGCAGCAGUUGCCCAGCCAAGAGACAGUUUCAGUGAAAGAAGAACCUGAACCAGAAGUACGGAUGGUCAAUGGAAAGCCCAAAAAGAUCCGAAAGCCCCGCACAAUUUACUCCAGCUACCAGCUGGCUGCCUUGCAAAGGAGAUUCCAGAAGGCGCAGUACCUGGCGCUGCCAGAGAGGGCAGAGUUGGCUGCACAGCUCGGACUAACCCAGACUCAGGUGAAAAUCUGGUUCCAGAAUCGAAGGUCCAAGUUUAAGAAGUUGUACAAAAAUGGCGAGGUCCCCUUGGAACACAGCCCCAAUAACAGUGACUCCAUGGCUUGCAAUUCUCCACCAUCACCUACCCUCUGGGACAGUAACACCCACAACAAUCCAGCCAACAGGAGUCAGCUCCCCCAGCCACUGGCCUACAACUCUCCCCCAAGCUACCUGGAGGACCACAGUUCUUGGUACCAUCAUCAGAACCUGAGUGGGCCCCACAUACAACAGCAAGGACCUCCGCCCACUUCUGGCUCGAUGCAUCACCCAUCUCCGGGGCCUCCUCCCAAUCCUGGAGCGGUGUAUUAA